CUGAAAGAUUUGCAACCACUGUGGCUCAAGCAACAUCUCUCCAUUCGGCGCGCUGGCUCAGGCGAGCUCCGCGGAAGGUUUACACUGGUACCGCCGGCAGAUUACACCUGGCGGCACAAUGAAAGUGGCCUCCGCGGCAUUCACUUGCAUAGCGAUGGCUCAGCUCGGUGCGGCAUCGACUUGUGGUGCGAAGGGUGCCGACAGCACUCCCUGGACAUCGCGCAGCCAGCGCAUCGUGGGGGGGCAGCAAGCCACAAGUGGAGAGUGGCCGUGGCAGGUCUCCCUCCAGACCUCUAGUGGGCACUUCUGCGGAGGAACGCUCAUCGCCCCGAACUGGGUCUUGACGGCUGCCCAUUGCUUUCCUCGUUCCUCGUUCUGGGUCGUGGCGGGCCUUCACCAACUGUCCCAGUCGGAUUCGGUGGGGGUGCGACUGGAGGUGCAGCAGAUGCACACUCAUCCAAACUACGUCUAUUGGGAUCAGGGCUACGAUUUUGUCCUCCUGGAGUUGGCCGAGGCGGCGCCCUUGAGCGACAAUAUCGGCCUUGCCUGCCUGCCGUCGGAGGACAUCGGUGCUGGUGAAGAGUGCUGGGCCACUGGGUGGGGGAAGGUCGCCGGAGGCAGCAUCCCUGACGUGCUGCAGGAGGGCGCUGUCACCACCUGGACCAAUGCAGACUGCCAGUCUUACUGGGGCCUCUCAGGGAUGACGAUCACCGAUGACAUGCUGUGCGCGCAGGGCUCAAACGCUGGGGAGGUAACCGAUAUCUGUCAGGGAGACAGCGGAGGGCCGAUUGUCUGCGAAUCAGGCGGCAGCUACUUCCUUCACGGCGUCGUGUCGUGGGGAGCUGCUUCUUGUGGCGUGGAAAAUUUCCCUGGAGUUUGGAGUCGGAUCACUUAUGGACGCGAGUGGAUGGACGGGGUGAUGGGGGACUGGACGGUGCCCCCGACGCCAUCGCCCGCACCGACGGCUGCGCCGACAGCUGCGCCGACCGUUUCCCCAACAGCAGCACCGACUGCUGUGCCGACGGCAGCGCCAACGAUGGCGCCAACCGCAUCCCCUACAGAUGCACCGACAGCCGCGCCGAGUGCAGCACCUACAGCUGCACCGACCGCUUCCCCAACGGCUGCACCGACAGCUGCGCCGAGCGCAGCACCGACAGCUGCACCGACCGCUUCCCCAACGGCCGCUCCGACAGCUGUGCCGAGUGCAGCACCGACGGAGGCACCGACCGCGUCCCCAACGGCAGCACCGACAGCCGUGCCGACAGCAUCGCCGACCGCUUCCCCAACAGCAGCACCGACUGCUGUGCCGACGGAGGCGCCGACUGUUGAGCCGGGUGUGCCGACUGCAGUACCCACGGAAGCACCGACCGCUUCCCCAACAGUUGCACCGACAGCCGCGCCGACUGCAGCACCGACGGCGGCGCCGACCGCUUCCCCAUCAGUUGCACCGACAGCCGUGCCGACAGCAGCACCGACGGAGGCACCGACCUUUUCCCCAUCAGCUGCACCGACAGCCGGGCCGACAGCAGCACCGACCGCUUCCCCGACAGCAGCACCGACGACUGCACCGACGGAGGCACCGACCGCUUCCCCAACGGCUGCACCAACAGCUGCGCCGACUCUUGCGCCGACUUCUUCGCCCACCGCUGCGCCGACGCCCAGUUCUGUGCACAUGUGGGCGGCCAUUUCGGGCCCGUGCACGUUGGACGGCGCCUGUGUGCAGAGCGCGAACUAUCCGCAGGCUUACAAUAAUAACGAGGCGUGCACGAUUGAGAUCGACAGCCCGAACUAUCCUCAGUACUACAGCAACAGCCAGGCUUGCACGAUCGAGAUCAACGCGGCGAACGCAGCACCGAUAGUCGUGGAGUACUUCAAUGUGGAGUCGUACUUCGACUACCUCCUCGUCGACGGCUGGAAGACCUUUAGCGGCAGGCGCCGCCGUCCGUCUGGGUUCACACCGUCAUCCAGUAUCUUCUGGUCAUCCGACUUCUCCGUGACGAGGCGCGGUUGGAGGUUGUGCGAGCCAGAUCGCCGCCUUCUGGAGGAGGCCCCAGCGCCCGACGAACCAGUCUUCCUGAUUUAGCAAGUUCGUCAGCAUACGACACUCUGGUUUUUGCCGUUUUCCGCGCCGGCUUAGUGGACGAACCAGCCGCACACGGCUUCGAUAGCUCUGUCAAAAGACUUCAUCAGCUUUAACUUCGAUCAACCUCGAUAGUUUACUAGUCAUGACGUCGAUAGCUUCGAUAGGCGAUGUUCUUUACACCGACCUCCCAGAGAGCGGAUGGCUCCUUCUCUGCCGUGUCGGCACGGCGAGGAGUCCAUGGGAGCGUCGCAGCGUCGUUCGAGGAUGCGUAGACGCGAGACUACCUCGUCCUCUGCCAGCCGACGAUGGUGCAUUUUCGAUAUGCUUGCGACAGUGCUGUUUUUGUUUUCCGCGCUCGUGGGCGCCAGUCAAGUUCACUGAGCCUCGGGGCUAUUCCCCCCUCCUUCCUGUGCCCCUCUCCUUCCCUUCCCCAUGGUCAGGGGCUGCGGUGCCUGAUCCGGGGUGUGCUCGCGUUGUUGGGUGUGUAGCUCGGCCCCUCGGGCAUGGCCAGAACGUGCCUUCUCUUCCCCAUCCUGACGCCUGCGGCGGCUGGGGCGCGGCUCGGUCGGGAGCAGUAAUUCUGGUUUGUCAGUUGCUCGCGACUCGCGCUGCAGUGCCAAUGCAGGAGAACAUCUGGCCCGCAGGCUUUUUCCUGUUUGGUGGCCACCCGCCGGUGGACACCGCAGCGAGUGCGCUCCUACCGCAUGCUGGGCGGGGAUGGAGCCGCACUGGCGUCCUGCCUCUUGCGUGUUGCAAGGAUGGCGUGUCGAGCGGAGCCGUCUUGGAAAAGCAUGAGAGAA